CGUCAGACUCGAUAUGAGUUGAAUUGCUUGAGUUGAGUUUAUACGGCCUGUGACUGAUGGAAAUGCUGAAAAUGUUUAUGCUUCUGUACUUCUAUAUUCUAUUUACACGUAUGUAUACGCGUUUUUCUAGGCUAUUGUCUCUUCUUAUCGAUGCGGUGUUGUACAGGUGUUUUGUUGGAAAGUCAACUUCUUAUACUCUGAUUAUUUAUCUGGGUUUAUUAAGUUGUUGGGUGAAAUACGGUAAUGUCAGUUUGUACCAUAUGGAGGCCAGAACAAUAAAAAACACAAGCUCUAGACGCUCGAGACAUAAGAGAGCAUAUGCAACUGUUUUUAAUAAUUUAUUUUAGACGCAUUUUGUUUUUAAA